AUGGAGCAGUUGCUGAUGUAUGUAAAAGCUACCGAAACAUUUAUUACUGCUGAGCUUCGCCUUUCCAAACCGGAACAGGUUAAUGACGCAGUAUGGAGUAAGUUUUGCACAAUCAUCAGUUAUGGUAAUAUGUCUGAAAAUCGUCGGCUUAUUCUGGUUGAUGACAACAUGUACUACCGGAGCAUGCGUCAGGAGUACUAUGGAUUGUGCAGGAAGUAUUCAAUUCGUUUCGGUCAAAUUUUCAUCGCCUGUUCUACUGACGAAGCGAUUCUGCGGAACAGGGUCCGACAGCAUGGCGAAUCCGUACCUGACUCGGUAAUUAAAGAUAUGGCGCUACGAAUCGAAAUUCCAAAUUCGACUUUUCGCGUUGAUCAAGUCACUUUGAUGCUUAGCUCCGUUGGCGAAAUGGAGGAAAAGAUUAACAGCCAUGACCUCUCCGUAGAAGAGGACGUGGGAUUGAUUGGCCUGGUGGUGUUCUUAGAUGUGCACGUUAAAUCGGCCUGCGCUAUGUGA